AGCGCGGCCCCGUGACCCGGAAGUGCUAGUGAGAGCGAGGCGCAUACUUCCGGUUUGAGAGCCGAGUUCCCAACCUGCUCCUUAAGGCCUAAAGAUGUCAGAUGAUGAGGGAGCCCCUGUGGUGAAGAAAUCUCGGAUUUUUUAUGGAAGUUUGGCAGACAAGGAGAAGGAGCGCCUUUCGAAAGGAGAGUCUUCGUUGGGGAAAGCAGCAGUGAAAGCAGGAAUUGAAGCUGGACACAUCAAUGUAGGUGGGGGGGAAUCUUUUGACCUUGAAGAACAUAUCAGUGAGCGGCAAGCAGAGGUUCUUGCAGAGUUUGAGCGCAGGAAGCGGGCACGCCAAAUUAAUGUCUCCACCGAUGAUGCUGAGGUGAAGGCAUGCCUGAGAGCUCUUGGAGAGCCAAUCACACUUUUUGGGGAAGGACCUGCAGAAAGGAGAGAGCGUUUACGGAAUGUGCUUUCUGUGGUCGGCACUGACGCCUUGAAGAAAACCAAAAAAGAUGAAGAAAAGAGCAAAAAAUCAAGUGAGGAGUAUCAGCAGACUUGGUACCAUGAGGGUCCAAACUCACUUAAAACAGCCCGGUUGUGGAUUGCACGCUACUCCCUCCCUCGCGCACUGAAACGUAUAGAAGCUGCACGAGAAUAUCGGAGUAUCCCAGAAUCCACCAGGACUUCUCAAAAACAAGAGCUCCAGAAAUCAUUGGGGUCAUUAAAUAAUUUCUGCAGUCAGAUUGGAGAUGACCGUCCCCUUUCCUUCUGCCAUUUCAGCCCCAACUCCAAACUUCUUGUCACAGCAUGCUGGAGCGGACUCUGCAAACUGUGGUCUGUACCAGAUUGUAACCCAAUACGAACAUUAAGAGGACACAACACAAAUGUGGGGGCAAUCGUGUUCCACCCAAAAGCCACGAUCUCCGUGGAUGAAAAAGAUGUGAACUUGGCUUCCUGUGCAGCGGAUGGUUCGGUAAAGCUGUGGAACCUGGAGAGUGACGAACCUGUGGCAGACAUUGAAGGUCAUUCAGUCAGGGUGGCAAGAGUGACGUGGCAUCCGUCUGGUCGCUUCCUGGGCACCACAUGCUAUGACCGAUCCUGGAGGCUCUGGGACCUGGAAGCCCAAGAAGAAAUUUUACAUCAGGAAGGACACAGUAAAGGGGUCUACGACAUCGCCUUCCACCUGGACGGAUCGCUUGCUGGUACUGGGGGUCUGGAUGCCUUUGGGCGAAUAUGGGAUCUACGGACUGGCCGCUGCAUCAUGUUUUUGGAAGGACACUUAAAAGAAAUCUAUGGAGUAAACUUUUCACCUAACGGCUAUCACGUGGCUACAGGAAGCGGGGACAACACUUGCAAGGUUUGGGAUUUACGCCAACGCCGCUGUAUCUACACAAUUCCUGCACACCAGAACCUGGUCAGCUCCGUCAAGUUUCAGCCUACCAACGGGCACUACCUGCUGACUGGUGCUUACGACAACACGGCAAAAGUAUGGACGCACCCGCUAUGGUCUCCAUUGAAGACUUUGGCUGGCCACGAAGGGAAAGUGAUGGGACUGGAUAUUUCUUCUGACGGCGAACUCAUUGCUACGUGCUCCUAUGACAGAACUUUCAAGCUAUGGAUGGCAGAAUAACAUUUUGUGGACAGCACCAAGCCCUAUGUUCAUUAGAAGAAUUUGAAGAAUGGGCCCAGAAACGGACAAUGUUAAUACCCGGCACACAGUCUGUGUCGCUACCCAGUUUACCAUGAAAAGAGCCAACAUUUUUAUUUUUUAACAGUCGAUUUGGUAUGAGUUAUAUUAAAAACUUUUUUUUUUCUUAAAACGACUG